ACUGCCUGUGCUCUCCUCCAGUGACUGAUGGGGACCAUUCCUUAAAUGUGACUUUUUCUCUCAUUUUCAGUGUUGACAUUUGGUUUGUUUGAAUUUUGCUGAACCAGCUCUGGACUGUACAGAAAGGAUUUUAAAAGUUUGAAAUAAUCUUCCAUUUCAUACUCAUGACUUGGAACAUGGAUCCCACUGUGGAGUAUAGAGAUACCUAUGAUUAUGAUUAUGGUGACAACGAAACUAUGUGUGACUACUCUGAGUGGGAGCCAUCCUACUCCCUUAUCCCUGUCCUCUACAUGCUCAUCUUCAUCCUGGGCCUGUCUGGGAAUGGAGUGGUCAUCUUCACCGUCUGGAGGUCCAAGUCCAAGCGCCGAGCAGCAGAUGUCUACAUAGGCAACCUGGCCCUGGCUGACCUCACCUUUGUGAUCACUCUGCCCCUCUGGGCCGUGUACACAGCACUGGGCUACCACUGGCCCUUUGGUGUGGCCCUGUGUAAGAUCAGCAGCUACGUGGUGCUGGUCAACAUGUACGCCAGUGUCUUCUGCCUCACCUGCCUGAGCUUUGACCGUUACCUGGCUAUCGUCCACUCUCUGUCCAGCAGCCGGCUGCGGUCGCGGGGCACAAUGCUGGCCUCCCUGGGGGCCAUCUGGCUCCUCUCAGGCCUGCUGGCUGUGCCCACUUUGCUGUUUCGCACCACCGUGGACGACAUCAACAGCAACCGCACCACCUGUGCCAUGGACUUCAGCCUGGUCACCCAAAACGAGAGGCAUGAGUCCCUGUGGAUCGCAGGACUCAGCCUGUCGUCCUCUGCCCUGGGCUUCCUCCUACCGUUCCUGGCCAUGACCAUCUUCUACUGCUUCAUCGGCUGCACCGUCACGCGUCACUUUAACAACCUGCGCAAGGAGGACCAAAAGAAGCGUCGUCUGCUGAAGAUCAUCACCACCCUGGUGGUUGUAUUUGCCAUCUGCUGGACCCCAUUCCACUUGCUGAAGAGCAUGGACGCCCUCUCCUACCUGAACCUGUCUCCCAGCUCCUGUGGGUUUGAGCGCUUCCUCCUGGUGGCCCAUCCUUAUGCUACCUGCCUAGCUUACGUUAACAGCUGCCUCAACCCCUUCCUGUACGCCUUCUUCGACCUGCGCUUCCGCUCCCAGUGCCUGUGCCUGCUCAACCUGAAGAAGGCCAUGCAUGGACAGAUGAGCUCCAUGUCCUCCACGCUCAGCGCCCAGACACAGAAGUCAGAGGUACAGUCUCUGGCCACCAAAGUGUAAAAGGAGGGGAGGGAUAGGUGGAGUGGGACUGCUGGCUGGUUCCCUGCUGCCACCACAGGAACACUGACUGGUAAACACACAGUUUUUUGGUGUUCGUUACUCAAAUGCUUUUAAGGCGUAACAGACAAUGAACAAUGACUUUGUUUUCCGAAACAUGGGUUUGCAUAUACAGUAUGUUUUCAUUCUUGUGUAUAUGUACAUUUCUCACCCAUUUCAACCCAACGGGUGCUUCAGUGGGUAGGGGAGAAGCCCAGGGAGUCCUCAGCCCUACAAAGGUUCCCUCUAACCCCUGGACUGGACUCUGGAUCUGGGGAGAGUUGGCUGAGCUCCAUAUAGCUGCUUUUUCCCCCACAACGUCUCAGAAAGGUAAAUAUACUUUUCAGACGGACUCUAUUUUCCUCUUCUCCCUUUCAACUGUUAUUCUUUACUGUAUAAGGGACCAGAACCCUGAACAAAAAGACAGAUGGUCAUUGAGGUUUUUUGUCUGUUGUUAUUAUGUAUAUCACAUGCAAACCUGUUUACACUGGGUAAAU